CCCACCGGGCAGCCGUAGUCACUCUCUGCUACGGUAACCCACACACACACACACAGUCCCUCCGCGAACAGGUGAAAGUUACUCUUCAGCAACUUUUCCCGUGAGUAUCGCUCCCUUUCGAGACAUACCAGCGACUGUACCGGGAAGAACAGCUCACCUUUCUUGUUCCUCUUCGCAAUGGCAUCGUCUGCGAUGAUCACCGUCCCCACCACCGCCUCCCGCUUCGCCCUGCUCCAGAUAGACUCGGAUUCGGACUCCGACGCCUCCGAUGCGGGGAAGACCACCACCAAAGGCGGACGGGACUCCUCCGGUAAGACCCGACAGGGAAAGGCAGGAGCCUCCGGGGGGAAAGCGGGUCAGUGCAACGACAAGAAGAAAGACAAGAAGAAGAAGAAGAAGGAGCAGCAGCAGACUGAGGCGAACGAGUUACGUAAUCUGGCCUUCAAGAAGAUUCCUCAGAAGUCUUGUGCCCCACCUCCCUCUAUGACACUAUCAGGAAUAGCCAGUGAACUUCUCAGUCCUGCAUCAGGAGACCAUAAUAUACCGCCAGAGGGGUGGCAGCAGUGGAAGCAGAGGGAUGAACAGAUAACCUCUGAGCUAUAUGAGGCAGACUUGGAAAAGGCCUUAAUUCUAAGUAAACUGGAGUACGAACAACACAAACAGCACAACAACACAAACACGUCCUCGCCAAAGUCACGGGGAGGAAAAGAGGGCGGAGGAAAGAAGGACAAAAAGAAGAAUCAGCAGGCAAAAGACAAAAAGACAGUUUCCCUGCAGGACUUCCAGGCUGAAGGCAGUGCAGAACAGUUGAGUCGGAAACAAGAGAAAGAGGACGCCAGAGCGGCUAACCUAGCGUUGGGAGUCGGGCAGGAGGAGCGCUUUUUUAAUAAGCUCGAGGAUGACGUCACCCGGAUUGUCCAACAGGAGAAGAGACGUGAGCAGUACUCUAACAACCAUGGACAAGAAGUCAACACCUCCACAGAACACGAACCAGACCCCCGAGCAGAGCAGCUGAAGUACGACCUGGAGAAGAAAGACCAGGAAAUCGAUAAGCUAAAGAAGACCAUCUCACAGUGGGAGGGGAAGUACAAAGAGGUGAAAGCGAGAAAUUCUCAGCUGCUCAAGAUGCUCCAACAGGGAGAAAUGAAAGAUAAAGCAGAAAUCCUUCUACAGGUAGAAGAGCUACUACAUAUAAAAGAAGAACUGUCAUCACAGGUAACAUUACUACACGGUGCCCUUGAACAAGAAAGAUCUAAAGUCAAAGGUCUGCAGACAGAACAACCAAAACAUCAGGGAAACAAGAAAGGGAAGAAAGCCUCGGAGAUGGAUCUAUGAAGGUUUAAAAAGGAAAACCCCUUAAAAGAAAAAUUCAAUAAAUGAACAAAUGAAGAAAAACGUAACUGAUCACAAUCAGGGUUCU